AUGGGUGUGGGUGAAGAAGCAUAUACAGUGUUGGACGAUGUGAUCGCUGAACAACAGCCACCCUUGCCAUCACCAUCUCAAACUUCCAUCAACGAAGGUUCACAAAACGACAUCGAACAAAACAUACAACAGAUUUUGCGCCUGCUAAUAACUGAUCGGAUAUUUCCUGUGCAAUUCCGGCCGGAAUCGAGAAGAGCUGUACCGGAACCGACUCAGAUUUCAACGGAUCCAGUCGCCGGAAUGAUCGACCUGGGUUGA